GGCGGAGGAGGAAGAGGAGGAGGAGGAGGAGGAGGAGGGGACGAGGUGGUGCGAGCGUGGCGAGAAGGAAAAACACGUUUCGCGAGGCAACGUCUCGUCUCGCGUCAAGAGUUCCGGCUGAAGAUAUUCGUUGUCGGUGUCAUUGGCUGUGUUCGUUCCGCGCGCCGUACGGCGCAAAUUUUGCGCUGCGCGGAACUCGUCCGAUCGACGACAGUGAGAAAGACGAGAAAAGGAGUUUUAAAACAGAAACGUGAGUGCGCAGAGAGAAAGAGGAAUUUGUUAUCGUCGUGCGCUGUACUAACGGCGAGCGCCAACGAACGAGCGGAGAGGACGUGUCAGCUGGUUAGGUUUUGCGCCAAGAGGAAUCAUUCUCAAGUGGGAGCGAGACAGUGAGAAGCACACGACGAAAUGGGAGACGGAGAAAUGGCGCUGGUGCCAGGUGUUCAGUAUGGUUUAUCAUCGCACGACAAUUUUGACGAACACAAGUCUCUAAUCUUCGCAAAACUCACCGAUUCAUCGUAUCGUGCCAUCCAAGAAUACCUCAAGAAUCGGCAUAAGAUUAUCGAGAAACCUAAAAUACAGUUCCUACAAAAUGAAGGGAAACUCAGCAUUCCAUCCAUCCAUGGAAUUAUCGGAUUCACCUUUAGUCUUUCCAGCAAUCAGGACAUCGAGGGUCCUCAAGGCGGCUUCGAAUGCGUCCGACAAACCGGCCCUAAAAGUCUGGAGAGCCUCGGCGCCAUACCGUACAAAAUGCGAAUACAGGCAAACGACGACGUUUACGAGACCACCAGGCACAGAAUGGCGGUCGCCGAAGAGAAUAACAAGAAUAAAUGUACGAGGGUGAUCAAAGCGAACGGUCCAGAUAUCGGACGCAAGGUGAAAGUGCAAGUACCCGGAAGGACGAUACCACUUCCGUCAUCGCAUGCAAAGCAUUGGGAAUCUACGACGAGCAUUCCAACUUCCGGCAGCAAUCAACACAGAACGUCAACCAACAAACCGACCGCUAGCAAUAGUAGUAAUAGUAAUCAUGUAGCGGCGACUCGCAGUCCGGAGAAAAAAGUUUCCGAUAUUAUGCGCAGGCCACUCAAAGAAAGACUUAUCCACGUCCUUGCUUUGAGGCCCUACAAGAAACCUGAACUUUAUGAUCGUAUCAAUAAAGAGGGUUUAAGGGAGCGAGAACGACCCAUCAUGACGACGAUCCUGAAGCAAGUGGCUUACAUGCGCGACAACACGUAUCAUCUACAGAGGCAUAUUUGGAACGAUGUGCAAGAGGAUUGGCCUUUCUAUACAGAGCAAGAGAGGACAAUGCUCAGGAGGCGGAAACCUCAAAACCUUACGCCACCCGGCUCGAGUGAUGGUUCCAGCGGCAGUGGUCAAUCGCCCAAUUCCAUCCACGCGGGUUCACCGCCGGCGAUCACAGCACCCCCGCCUAGCUUGCUGAACAAUAAGAGACCGGGGUAUUACCAGGGUAGCGAUGGAUUACCAACCAAGAAACCACGAAUAUCGCACUAUAAGAAACCCGAACCUAUCUCCUUCAUCCCCGCUGGCGAAAAGGCAUCUGGUAGCAGUUAUAGUAAUAAUAACAGUGGUAUUAGUGCAACCGCCGGUGGUGAGCGUGCUGCUGGCGGUAAUAGUGGUUGUGGCAGCAGCAAUAGUGCUAGUGGUGGUGGUAGUGGUGGUAGUACUAGUAGUAACAGCAACGGCAACGGCGGCGGCGGUCUCGAUGGUUGGGAAUCGAAGCAGCAACGUGAACGUAGCAGUCGUGCCGAUUAUCGAGUUGAAAGGACAGCGAAUAGUGAUGUGCUACGUGGUGCUGGAAAUGGUUACGGCGCCACUGCUAUUCCGAGCGGUUCCAGUCGAUCAUCAUACCUAACGUCGUCACCUAGUGACAGUGAAAGAAAUAGCCAUCAUCAGAGCGGUGGCCACGGACGCAACGGCAAUAUCGCGACGGUCGCGAACGGAAAUGCCGGAAGCAACACGAACGACAUAAGCGCUGAUAGGAAGGAUCGAAGUGACAGGAGCGACAGAAACGAUCGAAGUCGCGAAGCGAGGGAAGAGAGAAAUAGGGAAAGGGAGUGCAGGAAUAGAAAUAGUGUCGUGAACGACGCGAGUGACGCGAUCUCGCUCGCUCGAAGCGAAACUUCCAGCUGCAAUGUUCAUGUUUAUAAUGAUAAUGCCAGUUCUACCGCAAUGACGAUUUCGCCGCUGACUGAUGAAUUAGAAAGGCCGGGAAGUCCUGGGGAAUAUCCCGAUUAUCUCACGUAUUACACGACAAUAAGUAACGCAAAACAGAAAAGACGUUAUAAAGAAGAGUUCUAUGCAAACUAUGAUGAAUAUUGCAGAUUGCACUCUGAAGUGGUUGUAAUCGCGAACCGCUUCAGGCAUUUGUACAAACAAUUUCUAGAGCAUAAACAAUCGGGCAAUCUGACCGAGUGCGAGGCAACCACGGAACAGAUACAGCGCGAAUAUAAGGAAAUUAAGCAGAAUCGUGUGUACCAGCAGAUGAAGACACGGUUCCAUUAUCUGCACGAUAAGCUGAGCCAUAUAAAACGAUUGAUCUUAGAGUACGAAACCGAAAACACCAUCGACACGGUGUCGAUUGCGACCAACAUUGAUAGCGGUAUAGUUAGUACUACGACUGCGAGCACUAACGUAAACCUCGAUCUCGACAGUCGGCAUUACUGACACAAACUGAAAAGACCGCCUCUUAUUCCCCGCCUCUUCCUCUCGGUUAUCGGUACGUUAUUGUCAACAUUAUUGCAAAAUUUGCAUUUUGUCGGCAAGUUCCAAGGCUGAUCCUUCACGGUCCACAUGGUUCCUGGAUUUCAUCGCCGAAAAGUCAAGUGACUUGAGGUUACAAGUUCUCAUGUAUGAUAUUCAUAAAAUAUCUCACAAUAUCAAUAUAUAUAUAUAUAUAUAUAUAUAUAUAUAUAUAUAUAUAUAUAUAUAUAUAUUGUACAUGAGACACUCUUCCUGUUGAUCCCUCUUCCUUUCUAUCUCGUGAGAGUUGACGUUGAUUGUUUGUGACGAUUUUCAAUUCGUUGGCUUCCGCCAUCAUGGCGAGUAAGGCUUGCGCACUAACUUUAACCAAUACUUCUUGGUAUCGUUUGAUGAAAGCUGACGACAAUCGGAUACAUUCAAGAAUUAGACAAAAGAGAAAGAAAAAAAUCCAUUCGGAUUAAAAAAAAAUAGUAAGUAAGGGCAUUCUAAUGACUAGCGAACCGUGAACUAUGCAUAGACGCACGGAAAUUUAAAGCUGGUCUCGCGACGACUGAUGGAAAACAUUGUUGAUAAGUAAGGAGAGAAGGCAAUGAGAAAAAAUGUUGCAGAACUUUAUAAUAAAUUACUUACCGUGCGCACGUCCAAAAAUGUGUCGUCCACUUUAAGAGAAUACGUAGAUGAAAGAAAAGAAACACAAAAAAAUAAGAUAUGAUUGCGAGAAGAGGGUCCAAGAGAUAAUAAGGCUUACCGUGUGCCACAUCUAGAUUUCUUUUUUGUCCGCUGAAAGGAGGAAAGAAAACUGGCUCGCAACACAUACACAUACACACACAUAUACACACACGAUUUAUUUACAAGCUGGCACGCAUCUUUCGCGCGCGAUUCGUGCGUUGCUUGUAGCAGCUUGAGAAAGGGCGUUUAAAAAAAAAGCGAGUUACCUUCAUACAUACGAGAGAGAGACCGUAGAACUUUGUGAUUUUAAGAUUCUUUGUUACUUCUUCGUUCUUUUUUUUUCCUUCGUUAGCGAUAAUAGAUAUGGUCGGUUGACAAAAGAAAUUAGACGAGCAAAAGAAAUUAGGCAGCCUAAAAAAUAAUAAAGAAGACCGAUAGCGCAAUAACAAUCGUAAGCAGACCAAAUGGGAUUGUAUAUUAUAUGGGAUUGUAGGUGAUUUAAAAUUGAUGAGUCUUUUAGAGGCCAAAUCACUUUGGUUUAAUAGCAAUUUUAAUUGUGAAAGGUCGUAGCAUGUCAUGUUACACUGUAAGUCUUUUAACAAUUACAAAUUUUAAUUAAAAUGAGAAAAAAUAAAUUUUAAUUGUAAGUAAAAAAAGGAAUAAAUAAUGAAGCGCUGUCAGCGCCAUUGUUUUCCUGUAAAAAGAAAAAUGAAAUUUAAAAAAAAAGUAUUGAUACUAAAUAUAUAAUAUAUAUAUAGUUUUUAUAGUAAUUAUUAACCGUCACUAAAGAACAAUAUUGUUGUGUACAGUGCCCGUAAUAAUCCGCAUAAAAAAUAAUUGUUUUAAUUACUAUUAAUGCUAAUUAUAUUGUAAUUGUAUUAAUAUUAUUUUUAAUUAUUAUUAUUGCAUAAUAAUUGUUAUUAUCAUUCAGGUAUAUAAAAUACAGACGACAUCUGAGUAUAUACAUCGCGAUGAGAUUUUCAGGUAAUCUUUUUGAGUGAAUUUGUAAUGGAAACUUACGUCAAAUUAUGUGUUUUUUUUUUUCUAAUUCGUUAUAUUAAAGAUUAUAAAACAAUUUCCAUUCAUACACUGCGUUUCCGAAAUUUAAAUUAGAUACCAAUCUGUUUUAUUUUACAUAUUUUUUAUGUGUAAUCUAACAAAGUAUUUUUUUGGUAUUUGUUAUUUUUAAUCGACCGACUAUAUAAAAGUUAGCUUAAUUUAGAGAAACACUUGUGACUCGUUUUCUAACAAUUAAUAGAUUAUACAUUUCUCAUACAUUAUUUUAAACGAUCAACUUCGCGAAAUACUGCUUUUUCCGAACAAUCAUAAUUUUUUACUGUUUCAACAAUUACAAUUACAUUUACGACAAUUAUGAAUAUAUUUACCCAAAGCCGUCCAUCGAGCCGUGGGUAUAAAAAGAGAGAAUAGUGAAAAUGUUUGUCAAAUAUAAGAUUCUUAUAAAAAGUUUACGACACGAAGACGAUUUGUUGAAUGUAACAAUGACGAAUUUGAUCGCCUCAUAUGUGUAUCUCUUCCUCGCUGAAAUUUCUUCUACACUCGUGAUUUUAUUAUUUCAGAUUAUAUGUAUAUCGCUUUUGAGCGAUGUACAUAUAUUUUUAGGAUUUUUAUUUAUAUAUUUUUAGGAUUGUCGCGUGAUAUGAAAUUUAUCAGUAAUAAGAACGUUUAGAAUGAUUAAUGAAUUAUGUGUGUUUCUCUCUCUCUCUCUUAUAUACAAUUGAAACACGCAUAAUUGUAUUAUCAUCUAAUACUUAAUCAAGUUUAUAAAUUUUAGGUUUUUGGAAUAUUAAAUAAUUACGGGUUGUUCAUCAAUUUCUCUUGGUUUAAAACUAUAAAAAUCUAGUUAUUUAUAAUUGAUUAAUAUAUAUACGCAUAUUACAUAAUAAAUAUGCUAAAUCCGUUAUGUUAUUGAAUGAAUUUUUUUAUUACAAAACACAACUGUAAUUUUCCUCGUAAUUGUGCAAUAUAAAACAUUAUAAAAGUCAUAGUGAUAUAAUCUCAAUAAGUUAAAAUGCUGUGCGAGCUCUUCUCGAGGACACGUAAUAUAAAUCACGAACAUUUCGAUUAAAAAUGUAAGGUGAAAUAUCGAAGAAUUCGCAUUCCGAAAAAACUUUUCUCUGAUCGAUUGUAUGGCACAGUAUUAAAUAUCACGAUAAGCCGCGCUAUAAUAAAAUGUAUUAAAUAUAAAUAUAUAUAUAUAAAUAUAAAUAUAUAUAUAUAUAUAUGUACGAAUAUUAAAUCUAUAUAGGAGUAUGUUUAUAUGAUGAUAUAGAUAACUAACUAAUCAUAAAAUCGAAUAUAAUUGGAAUUUCCGUUGGUUUUAUUUGAAAAUGGAGAAAUCGAUUGAUAUAUUUAAACCAUUAUAUUUGCACAAAGAUAAAUAAAUUAUAUUCUGCUCACAAAGGUCUUCUUGCCUUAUAAAUGAUGUAAUUUAAAAAAGUAUACAUAUUAUAUUAAUUUCUGCAUUUGUCUUCAAUUUUCACUUUACAUUCACCGAGUAACGAAUGAAACGAUUUUCCUACCAAUUAGCGACUUUUGUGCUGUGCCAUAUUACAGAUUUGAGUUGAUACACGAUGCUUCGAUAAAGAUUUACCGAGAAUCGAGUGCUUUUCAUUCAACAUCUGUAGUUACCACAUAUACCAGUCCUUUGUAUAUUGUACAAAAUAUUGUAAAUAGUAUUUCGCUGCAAUCACGCUGUAUAAAAAUGGAAAGGCGAUAUUCUUCGUUAACUUCGAAUUAGUACCGGAGCUUCGGUAGGAACACUCAUUUUGAUUAAUCAUCCUCGUAAGUCGACCGACCAAUCGAUUGUCUUAAUUCAACCGAGAAAGAUUAUAAAAAGUGCCAAAGAGACUGAACCGAAAUCAUGUUCAGAGAGAUAAUAGAAAAUAUGAAUAUUGAUUACGUUAACGUUAAGCGAAGCAACAGUCCGGUUUCUCUUUCGCGUUCAUCGCUUCCCAUAAGCUCGAGCGUUGUCCAGGUCCAGAUAUGUUUUUCAAUAAAUGUAAGUGCUCUUAAUGCUGCGUUCAACUUUUAACGCUUGCUCCUUGAUUAUCGUGUGAUUACAUUAUUGUUUUUGCAAGAAAAGACUAUCAUUAUUAGGGGUAGCUGUUUUUUUAAGUAGAAAGAGAAGAGGUAUAUCGUUAUAUUGUUCUCAAUUGUUUGGAAGAUGAAUUCGUUGUAGGAUUGUGCGCGCAUAUGUUUUGUUGAGAGAACGUGUAUAAAUGUAUGGGAAAAUAUCUCUCGUACGUAUAAAAGUCGUAAAUUGACGUUUACGGAAGAGAAUCAAAACUUACAAACUGAUAAAAUAAUCUCGUUCUGUGGCUCGAAAGGAGGGUUGUUCGAUAAAAAAAAAAAGGAUCGUUCGCUGAAAAAGAUUCUCCUGGGUUCGCUGAAUCACGGUGGAUAAUAGCUUUGUUUCUCUUCUGGAUACUCGCUAAACACGCAUACAUACAUACAUAUGUAUAUCCACUUAUUUCCAAGUUGCGGUAGGUAUCUGUUCAGCGUCCAGAUAGUUGAAUUCAGUGUACGCGGUGAAAGACAGUGUCCUUAUUUUUAAAUACGUGUCAAGAUACACGUUCUAUAUAUACUGCCUCUAUACUACCAUUCUAAGUGUCGUCGAGUUACGCUUCGUCCAUGAUCGGAUGAGUGGAUGCUUGGUAGACACGAUCAUAUCCGUGCUCAAAUGAUCCAAAUGACUAUCAAAGUUUAUCUAUAUUUGUCUGUCCGUCUCUCUCUCUCUCUCUCUCUCUCUCUCUCUCUCUCUUUUCUCUUUUUUCACUCAUUUUUUCUCUUUCUCGACUUGUUGAGUAAACAAAAAGUGUCCAAGUGCCAAUAUUAGCGAAGCAUGAAUUUAUUGUAUAUAAUAUGUAUGUCUACAUAGACACCUGUACGCAUAAAUAGUAUAAUCUUACAAUAUAUAUAUGUGCAAAGCGAUUGAUAAGGGACAUAUAAUACAAAUUUUCGACUACGAGAACUCGCAAGUUUCUUAAUAAUACGAUAACGACGAAAUUAGCCGAUAUACUCGAGUCGAAGAUAAGCAUAAUAUCAUGAAAUUAAAACAUAAAGUAAAAUUAAAAGUUACAUAACGUUUAUAUAUAUAUGUAUAUAACCAUCGAUCCUCCCUGUGCCUCUCUUUCUGCUCUUUUCUCACGUAUUUCGAUUGUCUAUUUUUCCUCGAAUCGAGACUCGACAUUUUUCGGAAUCUAUGAGAGUGUCAAACGAUAAUGACAAGUAUCUACUUUGGUAAAACUUUUUCAGACAAUAUAAACAUUGGAAGGAUAUCUUUUUUUCCAUAGUAGUUGAUUCUUGUUUAAUUGAAUUCCAUAGUGAAUUCCUCUAUCAAAUUUGUUUGCAUUUCUUCGAAUCGUUCCCCCCGUUCUCUCUUUACAACAAGAAAUCUCUUAACGCUCUCGAAAUACACACACACACACACACACACACACACACACACACAAAUCGAAGUAAACAUUCUUCCUUCACCGAAAGCAUCGAUGCUGAAAUAAUAUUUAACAAAUCCGCCGUAAAAUAUUUCAAUCGGAAAAAAUAAAUGGACGAAUUCAUCGUUCAGUUCCUCAUAACGAUCUGACAGAUUGAUUCUUGUAAUGAUUCUCACAUAUCUCUAGAAUCAUCAGCAUGCGAAUGCGAUUCAGCCAUUUCAGUAAAUGGACAUUUCAUUGGGGCAAGAGCGCGAGAUUAUUCGAUCGCGCGAAAGUCGUGACAUAUCAUUUUAUGAGUAUAUAUCUGUUCUUCGUUUUAUGAGAGGCAUAUCACGUGCGGAGGCAUGCAUGAGCUGCUCCGUUGCUUUCACGACCUUUGCAAAUUUUCCUGACAAAGUCUCGCCAUCAGAUCACCCGACAUAGGAGAGAAUCGAGACAGGAAACUCGCUCUCCUUCGUCCCGACAAUUUGAAAAUGCGAUGUUUAGCCUUCUGCCAACAGAGAAAAUCGGCAAGCAAAGUGCAACUACCUAUCCUAUUGUUAGUACAGGAAUUUGGUCCCGCGUAGAAUCUUCGAUCCGGAAUCAUCGCGCUCGCGGCGUUUCUUCUUUUUUUUCUUAUCGCGAUUCUCGCGGAGGCAAAGAUUCUGAUCAACAAGUUGCAAUCACUCGUACCUUUGAAUUUUGCAAUAAUCCAAUAAGUCAGUGGUUUCGAGAAAGUUCUACCUAUCGUAACUUGGUACAGCUAUAAAGGAGUAGACGAACAACGAAACUUAUUCUUUUCUCGUCACUCCUAUAUAUAUAUAUAUAUAUAUUUACUAUUUUUCAGCACUUUACUCGUUUUCCCCGUGUUACUUAUUUGCUCGAAUAGAAAAUCAAGUAUAUACAAUGGAAUCAAUGUCCUUUUUAUCUUAUAGCGAUAUACUUUUUGACUGUGAUGUGUUGUUAGGAACUUUGUAAUAAUAUAAUCGCCGAGACGAUGACACGCAUUAACAAGUUUUUUUUUUCUUUCUUUCUUUGAAAGAGCGAUGUUAACCCUCUGUCUACUGCAUACAAUUCGUUGGAUCCACGUCUGUCCUUGAAAUUAUAUACGAUUAAUUAUAAAAGGAAUAAGCAAUCCUUUGCGAUAUUUUAUAUACGCGCAUACAAAAUAUAUCUCGCGAAGUUACGAGAUCAUUCCUUUUUGUUUGAUUAUAUGAAAGAAGAGUGGCAAAGACAGAUGCGCGUUCAAUGGGGACCCAAAUAAAGAAUAUCUGUAGAUAAAGGGUUGACGCGAUGUUACAGAUACAGAGAAAGCGUCGAAGAUAGAAAUAUGGUCCAUGUGUGACCGGCUGUAGAGAUUCGCUAUAUAUAACUUAAAAAAGCGCCUUAGAGAUUAAAAUGAAUCGUGAAGAAGCGAGGGUAAGGAGAGAACGAAGAAGAGAACGAAAAAAGAGAUUGUUCGAUACGAUGAUGGUCGGACGGAUCAUCGAUUUGUAUCAAACGUUCGCGCGUUUUCCCGUCAUUAACGCCCAUAUCAGAAUAAAGAUUAAUCCGCGAGACGCUGGAGACCGAUCUCGUCAACCGUUUAAGGUUUAUAAUCAUUUAAAAUAUCGAAUUUAAUUAUUGCGAUCAAAUAUGUAAAAAAUAAAACUUCGACUUAAUUGUCGAGCAACAUUUCCGAAAUUUCAAUCAUUGUAAGUAAAGAGAUCGCACAAGAGCCUUAAGAAUAAAAAAAAUGUAUUACCGAAAAAAUAGCUUUUUGCUCUAAUUAGAAAGAAAGAAGCUAAUCAAUAUCGAUACGCAGGCUUGAAAUUUGCAAACUCGACGCGGAUAAUUUUCGCCGAAUGGGAGAGAAAUAUGGAGAGAUCGGUCACCGCGUGCUCAAUUGAAGCGAGGAGAUAUUUUGUAAGUGCUUAAAAAAAAAUAAUAAAAAAGAGAGAAAGGUCUUUUAAAAAGCGCGCUCGGAUGACUGACUAUUGUGACUUAAGAAGCGCGAAAGGAUAGUCUUAAGUUUUCAGCACCGAUUACGCGAGAGGAGAAGCGGGUGGAACGACGAGAAAAUAAACUUAUAUACGUGUAUAUAUAUAUAUAUAUAUAUAUAUAUUUAUUAUAUAUAUAUAUACACACACACAAAGAAACACACGUGUGUUUUCGUCUAAGUUUUUUGCGUUGCGACGCAAAGAGAGAAAAAAAGAGAGUGAGAGAGAGAGAGAGAGAGAGAGAGCGUGAAAGAUGAUGAUGUUUAUGAUGAUUAUGAUGACGACCGGGCGACUCAAGAUUGCAUGUAUAGGUAUACAAUGUACUACCCCGUGACUUUUAUUGAUGACGACUGCAUUGCUCCCCCUGACAAAGGCUCGUAUAUUCAUUAUAUAUAGUUGUAUUUGCAAUUAUAUUACCUAUACAUAUAUAUUAUAUUCACUAAUUAAAAUAUACAAAGCAAAAAUGAGGAUAAAGAGGAAUUAUAUUGUUAGCGAGAAGGGAUUUGUCGCGAGCUCGUUUUCGGGAUUUGUUCGCGUGGAACGUGCCGCCGAUCGAUCAGUUUAGGGAACCGCACUUUUUUUUUUUUUCCUCUUUAACUCUCCGAUACACUAUGCUCUUUUGUCAACGAAAACUUGUUCGCAUCGCCAUUUUACUUUGUGUGUAAUAAUAAUAAUAAUAACUCGGUGAUUAAGUUUUAAAUUAAGGCUAGAAGAGCUGUGGCAAUCCUCCUGUGUGUAUACUCUAUUGCGUACAACGGCAAUCAAACUAUUUAAUUAGCGUGUGUUUAAUUAUAUUAGUUAUAAUUUACGGAUAAAAGAGAAGUGAAUAAGGAGAGUUUAAUAAAUCCAAUCGGCGUUUCUCUCUGUCUCCCAAAAUCUCUUUGCGCCUUCCCGUCUUUCCAUCUUCGAUGCUACGUCGAUCUUUCCGAUCGUGUUUUCGAUUUUGUACCGGGACGUGCAAUUGUCGCUCUCGCGAAGCGAUGUCGGGGUGCGCGACUCUCCUAAUAAAUUAUUAUCAGGAUAUUUCUGCUUUUACGCGAUCGAUCUUUUCCGGGCGGUGCUCAAAAAUACAAAUUAAUAUACUUAUAAUAUAGGCAAGAUCGAGAUUAAUCUUGCUUCUCAAUUCUAUUCCUUCCGUUCCGAGUUAGUAAUUCUCGUGUUCUAGACAGCAAAGGUAUUGUGAAAUUAGUUGUACCUUGUUUGUACACAUAGCGAAAAAUUUCGUGAUAAAAACCUAAUCCGUCUGUUAUGAUUGAUAUAUUACCGGCUUUUGUUUUUGUUCUAAACUCCGUUCUAAUGAACAUCGAAUCGACGCGUCGUCAAUCUUUUCACGGUCCGUUAAAAACAAGGACAAUUAAAAAAAUGUCAGCGGUGCAAAUCGAUGGAACGUAAAAUAUUUAACUGGCCAAAGAUUUAAUUUUUAUCCUCUCGCGCGCGACCUACACAUGAUCUCCACAUUCGAUAUUUAUUUUAUCGUUUUUGUCGAAACGUGAAACGUUGAAUUCGUGCUCCAGUUCUCAGUUUCCAAACUAUUUUCGAAAUCCAAACUAUAUACCGAACUAAAAAACUUUCCUAAAUAUACACAGCGUUCCUCGCUAGGCACUCUUUUUUAAGAUCCAUUGCGCGCUAUUCAAGUUAUUUGCAUUACAAAUAAUUAAUAUUAUUUCUCUAUUCAAUGAUAUUUGUUUUGCGAUUUCUCUCGCCGAAAGAACCCGUAAUAGUUACUUCAUCACGUUCCACACGAGCUUUUCCACGUUUCCGAAUUCGGGCCGCGCUCAUGCUUUCUUUUCUAUUCGAGAAUCGUGCAUGAGAGAAAAAGCGAGGGAAAAAGCCACGCAACAAAAAAAAAGAGUGAUAGUAACAGUGGUAAAACGGAAGAGCAAGCAAAAGAGAGAAAGAGAGAAAAGCGAGUCGACUCGAUCGACGGAUACGAUACGAUACGAUACGAUACGAUGUGGUAAUUCACGCGGAUAAAGAUAUAAUAUUGAGAAAAAAACGCGUUGCUCGUAAGUUAUAUAAAUAUAAAAUAAAAUACGUUAACUUUUAAUUCAAUAAAAUUAUGAAAUCGAAAAUGAUAAUAAUGCUGAUGAUCUUCAGAUCGCUGAAGAUGAAAAUGAAUAAAGCUAACAAUGAGUUUAAAUGUGUUUGAUAUUACGCGAAUGCGAAUAAGAAAAGAAGCGAUGAGUCUUCGUUGCAUUGUGUGUUGAUUGGCAACAGGUUGUCUGUCUGCGAUUGACGAUAAUAAUCAUGCGUGCGAUGAUGAUGUGAUUUACGCGCGAACAGAUAUGUACAUAUUGGGAUCGAGCGGAGGAUCGGCGCGUUUUUUUCGUCUCUCUGGCGUUUCUCUCUGUUUGUUACACUAAUUUAAUUUGUACAUAAUUUCAACUAGCUAAACUUUUAUUGUUAAUCUCUUCCAGUUGCGUUGAUUCGAUUGAAUGCCGCGCGCGCGCGAACGAGAGAGAGAGAGAGAGAGAAAUAGAAGCAAGCGGAUUCUAUUCGAUUGUUGCGUGUGCGUAUCGCCCUUUGUCAUCGGGCGGAAAGUUUGUCUGUAAUGUAGAUCGAACGGCAAAUUAAAAUAUUAUACACGGGGAGAAAUUCGCCACGAUUGUGCGGAUUCAAAAUUUAAAACCCGUCAAACGAAGACGGUAAAAGCCGAACGCUUGUACGCGUGCAGCGAAUUAAUUGAUUUUAUAUUUUUAAAUCAAAAUUCAAUAAAUUUCGAUUGAUUUGGCGCAUUUUAAAUUCAUGUUAUAUCGCGAUGUGUAAAAAAAAAAAAUAAUGUGCAACGAUCUCUCGGGAACGAGUCGGAAAUUAAUAGGUCACAAAACACAUCCGGUGACUUCCGUCCCACACGUGCAAUACAAGUUGCGUCGAGCUUCUCGCGGGCAAUGAAAAAGAAGCUCAUCUGUUCUCCGAAAGUGUCUCAACAAUUUCUGUCCAUUUUUUCGCAAAAAUCGCAUUCGUCAAAAUGUGAUAUAUAGGAUGUUUUCGAACCUAAUAAAAUCCUGAAGAACGCUGGAAAGAUAUUUUUGUUAAAAAUCGAAUGUCAUUCUGAAAACAAAUUUUUUACUUUAACUUUUGUUGUCUAAACUUUCGAACUUAUCCUCCAAUCCAUAUAAUGCGUGAAUAAAAGGACAACUGGCGGCGAAACAUCCUAUAUAGAUGCAACAGAUGAAUAAGUAUGCAUCGAAAGAAAGAAUAAAUAUCGACUCGCUCGCGUAGAGAUCGUUUGUGGCACAAAGCACAAACGUGGUGCAUCUCGUCGAACGUCUAAUUGUAAGAGAUAUUUUCCGCCGGGUUUUUUAUGCGACCUCCAAAAAAAUAUAUCGCGAGACAUUUGCGAAAACAACUCGAAUGCCGAUUCUCCGAUUUGAAACGCAAAGAUCGGCGUUCCACGGCGCCGCGGAUAAUUGAAAUAAAAAAAAAAAUAUUAUAUUUAUUCGAACGACUUGCCAAGUUUUGUUGUAUAGAGUACGGCGAGAUAAACUCAUAAAAGGGCAGAAAAAAUCUUAUAAAAAAAAGAUGAGCGGUAAUAAAAUGGUUAAUGAUUAUGAGAAUGAUGAUCCAGCGGAUAUUUAACAAAUAUAAGUUGCAUAGCUGUGUGAGCAGUUUCACGAAAUAUUGAUGUAUAUAUUUUAAGUUUGUAUUAUAACUCUCCCCACUUAAUUUGUAUGAAAUGAAUUUCGAACAUUAAAAUCAUGAACGAAAAA